AUGCAAGCAAUGGGUUCCAUUCACGACUACGAUGACGUCCCCCAGCUAUCCGCGCACGCUCUCAGUGCACUCGAGGAGUUCCUUGGCGAGCGUGACCAGCGAGCCAAGCAGUUUGAGGACCUGAAGACCGCGGCCGAGGACGAGUUCGGCAAGAGCUCCCAGCCUCUGACCAUGGAAGCCUUCACUGAAGACUGGAACGCCACCGUCGUCUCGGCUCCUAGCGUCUUCAUCCAGCUUAAGAAUCUUCUCCGAUCUGGCGAGUACAAGGCCCGCCCUGAGGUCAAAUUGCUUGAGUUCGACGAGCGUUUCGGAGUGUUUAAAGAAUAUGUGCCAUACGACUUUGUUUACCCCACUCGUCUUCCACCUGAUCUCAAAGGCCAAUUUGACCGCAUUAUCUGCGACCCGCCCUUCAUCAGCGUCGACUGCCAGACAAAGGCCGACAUAGCCGCCCUUACCGUCCGCUGGCUCGCCAAGUCGUGGGACUCAUGCGCCCAGCGCCUGAUCAUCUGCACGGGCGAGCGCAUGGAGAGCAUGAUCUGCAAACUGUACGGCAAAGCAGGCGUUCGGACCACCGACUUCGAGAUCCAGCACUCCAACUGCCUCAACAACGAAUUCCGCUGCUACGCCAACUACGAAGCUCGCGACAUCUGGAAGUGGAACGAUGACAGCGAGUAG